AUGCUACGCAAAGGCGUGCGGACAAACCAAACAGAUCUUCGCCGUUUGUUUGAUACCCUCAAGUCCCUCCGUAACCAGCGUACUGCAAUUACCGAACUCCCCACACCAAGAACCCGCGCAAAUGAGGGCACCAGAACUACUGUUCUGGAAGGAGACAAGAAAGAAUGGGAUUCAAUGGAGGCAAUGGAGGCUGCGGAUGUCAUUGACGACAAUGAACCGAGAAUCAGGGUUUUCCGCCAGACAAUCAAGCCUCCGGAGCUUUUAAAGCAACCACUCGAGUCACUGUCUGAAACACCAAUUCUAGAUGCUGCAACUGGGUUGAACAAAUCAGUUUCGCCAGCGGUCAGCUUGACAAAAGUAGAGCUGCAUUACCUUCGGAAACUGACAAAUGCGCUCAAUUUCCUUGCGCAUUCGCCUGUAAGCGUCAUGAAGGAGAUUUUCUAUUGGCUCGAAAGAUUCAGACCGAAUCCGAAGGUGUUGCAGCUCCUUACUCCGCAUGCGUGGUCGCUCUUGUGGGCGUUAGAAACCAGCCAGAUUCCUACAUUUCGGAGUAAAUUAAUCGGAGAUAUGAUGGUUUCUGCGGGGAUUGAAUUGAACGAGGAUCAAAAUAUCGCCUAUAUUGGCGGUUUGUAUUGGAACGGAGCUAGCAAAGAGGCACUCACAAGAUGGACGCAUGGGACCAAGAGGUGGAGAGGGUCUGCUAAACACUGGAACCUUGGCAUUCGAAUGUUCUCGCUCAACCAGGAGCCCUAUGUAGCAAAAUAUUGGCUUGGUCAGAUGAUCACAGCCCUUGGCCAAGCUGAGCCUAAAUCGUUCAUACCAGUCAUCAUGUCCUUUAAUCAUCUAUAUCACCCAAAAAGGGCCUGGGAGACAUAUAAGGAGAUGCGGGGAUGGAUGAAACGCACCAACACUAAGCUCACAAUAUCGCAAUACGAUACUAUUUGCAUGUCAUUCCUUGACAGCGGCCAACAGAGUGGUCGGGGCGCAGGAAACGAUAAAUUCUCCAAAAAAGUUGACGAACCUCUCACUUGA